AUGGAUUGCAGCCAAAAAACAGCAUACUAUGGAGCAUUUGCGGGACCUUUUGAAUUGCACAAGAGCGGGCUAAUUCUUUCCGGCCCGGAGAAUCAAGCUAUCCGAUUUUUGAUACGCAUAUCUAGGGUUAGAUUCACCGCGAUCAAUGAGUCAGGUGUGCCCUUUCUGGCUGAGUUGUUGACACUGGCGAAGUCUCACCGGAGCAUUCGGAAUGCUCUACUGGCACUAGCUGACCGUCUACGAACAACGGCAUAUUCAUCGACCGCAUUGGAUACAAUUAAUAGCCAAACGUCCCAGCCUGAGCUGUGGUCUCCAAAGACAACUGCCCUUAGGUCAUACCAAGAUGCACUGAUUGGGCUUCAGGAAAACAUAGCUCGUCUGCACAUUGCAGAAGCCAGCCACGAUGUUGCUCUCGAGGCUUUGGGCUCAGUGCUCCUGUUGACCAUCGCUGGAUUUCCAAGACAUAUACGGGCCGAAGGAGCCUAUGAUUGGGCUCUUCAUGUGACUGGCAUGAUAUCAUUAAUUGAAUCUCUGGAUACGGGUGUUACAGAUGGCACUGGUCUAGGCCGACUGGUCAAGGAAAUGGCCGCGCAUCUGGAUAUUGCCGUGUUUUCCCUCGGUCGUCCUGGAAAGAGUAGACGAGCCUGGCUGCAGUGGGAGAUUUAUCCUCCUGGCACGCGCUGUCAGUCAGACUUCUCUUCUCUGGAGAUUAUAGCGGGAUAUCCAAAAUCUCUGUCGACCAUUAUAGCCGCCAUGUCGGCUGUAUUAGAGGAUAUGCAUUUGCCUUCGUGCGAAGAUUCCUUGCAAGACAUUGUCAGAAAGCUAUAUGACACGACUUUGAUAGGCCAGGGGACCGGAUCGUCGGUGCCUGGCCCCAUCGCCACCCCGACAGAUGAUACCCAUAGGCAAAUGCUGAAUAUGUUAGAGAUCGUGCUGGUCUUGUGGCAGCCACCAGACCUUCCCACUAGAAUUUCCAUGCCCGUUGCUCUUUCCCUGACAAGCGCAUGGGAGAUCAUGAGAAAGGCAGCGCUUCUCUACCUAUGGAGAGGAGGAUUCUGCAACAGCGUCUUCGCGCCGAUAUUUUCUGAUCGGGAGGACGUUACCGCAAGGUUUAUACGGGAAAUGCUCUUGGGUUUCCGAGCUCUGCUCAACCUUGUGGAUGAACAGCGUAUCACAAUAAUGAAUGUUAUGACGUGGCCUCUGCUCGUCGUCGCGAAUGAGUGCGGCAAUAAUCCUGAUCUUCAGGGCGAAAUACUGUCCCUGAUGCAGAAGACGCGACAGUGCUUUGGCAUAGAGCAUCUAGCGCAUUUGUCAACGCUGCUACAGGAACUAUGGCGGAGAUACGAGUCGUACAGUCACAGUCCUGGCAUGUCGAGCUCUUCGAGCAACCACCUCCAUCUUGACAAGCUGAGCAGAGAGUUUGAGCUUUGUUUACCAUUGCUGUAG